AAAAAGAAGUGGCUUGAAAAUAAUGGCCGCUCUCUACUUUCUUUCUUUUUUUUCGUCUUCAAAAUUCAAAAUUUUCAGUAAAAGCAAAUUUUCCCCUAUUUGUAGUUUCCAUUACAUCUUCGUAGAUCUCAUCACUCCUUUCCCAAACUUCCACAUUCAAUUUGGUUUUCCGAAUUUCUUGUGCGAAGAAUGGACUCGUUGCCGAAUGCUGUCGUGCAGUACAUUUUGUCAACCAUAAACAAUGCAAAGGAUAUCGCGUCUUGUAACUGUGUCUCCAAGAAGUGGAAAGACUCGAUGCCUUACGUUAAAAGCGUUCAUUUUCCCCGUAGCAUAUUCGACAAGCUGAAAAAUGAUCAAACUUCUGACUGCAUUGUGACGCAGAUGGUCUCGUCUAUUUUUCAACUGGAAGAUCUUGUGGUUUACUGUCCCUUUACCCGUGCAGGGCUGGCUUCAUGGCUGUUAUCCGUGGGACACUCGUUGAAAAAUCUUGAGCUCCGUAUAGAUAAUCUUGCUGAUCAGAAUACCGCAAAUGAAAAUCCGUCGAAACUUGAUUGCAUACAAGGAGCAAGAAACUUGGAGUCGUUAAGACUUUGGGGUGUGCUAAUGGUCAAUGCCCCAAAAUGGGAUGCAUUUCAGAAACUGCAAAAUCUUGAAAUUAUUGCGGCGAAGAUGGAGGAUUCGGCUUUGAUUGAAGCACUUAAAGCGAUUCCUAAUUUGACUCGUCUUGUGCUUAUUGGUUGCGAGGGUUUAAGGAGUGUUUGGAUUGAGCUUCUCCACCUUGAGUAUUGCAAACUUGAUUUUCGUGGUUCGGGUAGCUGCUCGCUCACGCUCACAGCUCCAAAGGUUGAAUACCUUGAGCUUCAAGGUUUUAAUUGGAUUCGGGUUCGUGAGACGAAUUGCUUAAAGAAUCUUUCCCUUGCAAAUAAUGAUGGUAGAGUUUACAUGGUGGAUUUUGGUAAACUCAUGGCACUUGAAUCGUUAUCAAUUAGAGGUGUUCAAUGGUGUUGGGAUGCAAUAGACAAAAUGCUUCAACUCGCAAGUGAAGUAAAACAUCUUUAUAUGAAAGUCGAAUUCACCGGAGAUUUUGAAGCUCUUCUUCCCUUUCCGGAGAUUAAUUUUGUUGACUUUUUCAAAAGUCAUCCGAAGCUCAAAACAUUCAACAUCCAUGGUGCAAUGUUUCCUGCUCUAUGCCAAAAGAACAGUCUAAAGAAUGUGGAUUCAAGUUUCGUGAUUCCUUGUCUUGAAGAAGUAGUGAUUACAGUUAGAUCACCAUUGAACGCUGAACAUAAAAUGAACACACUCGAGUCUUUGGUGACGUUUGCGAAGAAGUUGAAGAAGAUGACGAUAAAGAUUCUUAGGAUGAAGAGCGUACACAGCUCUGCUGAUGAUUUUUUUGAGGAGAUAUGCAGGUUUAGAUACAUGAAUCAAAACUUAAUCUCCAUAGAAUAAAACCAUUUUUUUUAACUCGAUUUAUUGCAAGAUGUGAUCUUAUAAUCAAUGUUUAGAGUAAAACUUUGUUUACU